CACCGAUUGAAGAGCCCGCCCGCGAUUCCAGCACCAUGGACGACCUGGACUUGUUUGGGGCGUUCGAUGACGCCAAGCAGACCCUGACCGAGGUAGAAAAAGCAGCUCUGUCCAACAACGCGGUGACCGUAGCAGCACCCGCACCUGCGUCUUCAAAACGCAAGCCAACUGCAACCACGGACGACCAGCCGCCGCCGUCAAAGCGCAUCCAAGUGCAAGUCGUGCAACACGUGGAUGCAACGGCAAAGGAUGAAGUCGUCGUUGCGACAGGAACGCAGCAGAAGAAUUUGAUUUCGUUCAGUGCGCUGCCGCCCAACUACGAACCACCACCCCCGCACAACCGUGCCCCGGCCAAAACCUACCCGUUCACAUUGGAUCCGUUCCAGCAAACGGCGGUGGACUUUAUCGAAGCGGGCGAAAGUGUCCUCGUGAGCGCGCACACGUCAGCAGGGAAGACGGCCGUCGCAGAGUACGCGAUUGCCAAGUCGUUGCGGGACAAGCAGCGCGUGAUUUACACGUCGCCGAUCAAGGCGUUGUCCAACCAAAAGUACCGCGACCUCGAACAAGAGUUUGGCGACGUCGGGCUCAUGACUGGUGACAUCACGAUCAACCCGACGGCAACGUGCCUCAUCAUGACAACUGAGAUUUUGCGAAGCAUGCUGUAUCGCGGGUCCGAGGUCAUGCGCGAAGUUGCUUGGGUCAUUUACGACGAAAUCCAUUACAUGCGCGACAAAGAACGCGGCGUCGUGUGGGAAGAAAGUAUUAUCUUGCUGCCGCACAAGGUUCGGUUCGUUUUUCUCAGUGCGACCAUUCCCAACUCGAAGGAGUUUGCAUCGUGGAUUGCGCACAUCCACCACCAACCGUGCCACGUCGUGUACACGGACUACCGCCCAACGCCUCUGCAGCAUUACGUGUUUCCAGCAGGCGGCGACGGUCUCCAUUUGGUUGUCGACGAGAAGGGCAAGUUCCGCGAGGACAAUUUUCAAAAGGCGAUGGCGACGUUGAGUGCCGGGACGGCCGACGCCCCCGCGAACGACAAGGCGGGCGGCGGAAAGGGCGGCAAGAAGGGCGGCAGCGGUGGUAACCAGAAGAAGAAGGUCGGGUCGGACGUGUUUCGUAUCGUCAAGCUCGUCAUGGAGCGGCAGUACGACCCCGUCAUUAUCUUUUCGUUCUCGAAGCGCGAGUGCGAAGCAUAUGCGCUGCUCCUGUCCAAGCUCGACUUUAACACGGACGAAGAAAAGCACAUGGUCGACCAAGUGUUCAAGAACGCUAUCGAUUCCCUCUCGGACGACGACAAGUCGCUGCCGCAAGUAGAUGCGAUCCUGCCGCUCUUGCGCCGCGGCAUCGGUAUCCACCACGGCGGCCUCCUCCCGAUCCUCAAAGAAGUGAUCGAGAUCAUGUUUGGCGAAGGCUUGCUCAAGUGUUUGUUUGCCACGGAAACGUUCAGCAUGGGGCUCAACAUGCCGGCAAAGACGGUCGUGUUUACGAAUUGCCGCAAGUUUGACGGGAACGACUUUCGAUGGAUCACGUCGGGCGAGUACAUUCAAAUGAGCGGACGCGCCGGUCGCCGGUCGCUGGACGCGCGCGGGAUUGUGAUUCAAAUGCUGAGCGACAAGAUGGAGCCGCAGGUGGCCAAGGGCAUCCUGUACGGCCAAGCCGAUCCGCUCUUUUCCACUUUUCACUUGGGCUACAACAUGCUCCUCAACCUCUUGCGCGUGGAAGACGCCAAUCCCGAGUACAUGAUUAAACAAUCGUUUCACCAGUUCCAAAACGAACAAGCGGCCCCCGGCCUCGAAGAAGCGCUUGCCCGGGUCAAGGAAGAAAAGCUCACGCUGCACAUCCCCGACGAAGAAGCCGUCGCCGAGUUUUACUACCUCAGCAAGUCCAUUCAAAAGCAUCAGGACGAAUGGCGCCGCAUUCGCAACCAGCCAAAGUACAUCGUGUCGUUCUUGAAUCCCGGUCGUCUCGUCAAGGUUCACAGCCCCGACGACACCAAGCAGUCGUGGGACUGGGGUGUCCUCGUCAACUUCGAGUCGGGCUUGACCACCAACCCGAACGCCGCCCAAGCAUCGGAGACUGCCACCACAGUCCAUAUCCUGCUACUGUGCGCUGCGGCGACCAGCGGCGGUCCCGACGUGUUGCCUGUCCCUGCCACCAAAGGCACCUGGACACACCCCAAAAGCGAAAUGAAGGUGUGCCCUGUUCCCUUGGCCAUGAUCGACCAGCUCUCGUCCUUGCGGGUGUACAUCCCCAAGGACCUCCGCACGCCGGAAAGUCGCCUGGCCGUCGCCAAGUCACUCGCCGAAGUCAUGCGCCGCUUCCCGCAGGGACUUCCGUUGCUGGACCCGAUCAAAGACAUGGAAAUCGAUGACCCUGCCUUUGCCAAGAUCGUCCGUCAGAUUGCCGACACGACGGAAGCGAUCGCGGCGUCGCCCCAACGCAACAACUCGGCCGCGUUUGCGUUGUACGUGCAAAAGAUGGGGUGCGAGGCCAAGGAGCGCGAACUGGAGCGCCAGAUCAAGGACAGCCAGUCGCUUGUGCUCAAGGACGACCUGCGCCGCCGAAAGCGCGUCUUGCGACGGCUCGAGUUUGUCAACGCGGAAAACGUGAUCCAGCGCAAGGGCCGCACGGCGUGCGAAGUGAGCACAGCGGACGAAUUGCUCGUGACGGAGCUCAUUUUCAACGGCGCAUUCAACGACUUGAACGUGAAAGAGUGCGUGGCGCUGCUGUCGUGCCUGAUCAACACGGAAAAGGUCAAGGAGGGCCAGAAACCGCCGACCGCCGACACGCUGGAAGGACCGAUCCUGAACAUGCGCGACACGGCGCGACGCGUGGCCAAGACCAUGCAGGAAGCCAACAUUUCGAUCGAUGUCGAGGAGUAUGCGACGAGCUUCAACACCAACAUGGUGGACGUCUUGAUUGCGUGGUGUGAAGGCGCCAAGUUCAGCCAGAUAUGUAAAAUGACCGACAUGUUUGAAGGGUCAAUCAUCCGCCUCAUCCGUCGGCUGGAAGAACUGCUGCGCCAACUCACGCUGGCCGCCCACAGCAUCGGGAAUGCCGAGCUCGAGAAGAAGUUCGAGCUCGGCGGCAAACAAAUCAAGCGCGACAUUGUGUUUGCCGCGUCCUUGUACUUGUAAGACGCCGACUCGACUGACAACACAGGUCCUGCCACUUGUACUCAAGCGCCUUUCCAUCGUUUUGUCCCCAUCAAAAACCAAAUAUACAUGUAUAUUUAUCGUUCCAAA